AUGAAGGACACUGCAAAUUCAUGUAUGGUUGUGGCAACACUUAUUGCUACUGUGGUUUUUGCUGCAGUUUUCACACUACCUGGCGGCACCAAAGAAGAUUCGGGGACACAUUAUUUUUUAAGAGAAGUUUGCUUCAAAAUUUUUGUCAUAUCAGAUGGAAUAUCUCUGGUAUUAUCGGUUUGCUCCAUUCUGACCUUCUUAUCUAUUCUCACUUCCCGAUAUGCUGAAAAAGAUUUUCUUUUGGUGUUGCCUACAAAGUUGAUGGUUGGACUCUCAACACUUUUGUUAUCAAUAGCAGCAAUGAUGGUGGUUUUUUGUGCCACUAUUUUCAUUGUCUUUAAAGAUGGAAAAAUUUGGGUUCCUAUUCUUCUUAGUGUGAUUGCUUCUGUACCUGUCAUCGUGUUCGUCAAGCAAAAAUGGCCACUCCUGAUUGAUGUAGCGCGUUUAACCUAUAACAUAAGCUCUCGUUUCGAUAACGAAGGGAAUGCAAGGAAGCGUAAUAUGUUGUGUAACAAGGAUGAUAAUGGCGGAUGCUGGAGCCAUCUUAAGGAAAGAUGCGGGUACUAUAAGAGUAAAUGCCACAAAUUGUCUUAG